AUGCGUGAUGACAUUGAACCUGUCCGUAAGGCAUCGCGUCGAUCUAUGAUCACAGCAUCUGAUUCUCCGUUUACAACCGCAAAUCCUCCAAAACCGUUGGAAAAUUCGCCGAGUGCUGCGGAUACAUGGGUCACUGUUUAUGGUUUCCCUCCUGAACAAGCCGCAAAUGUGCUCAAACAUUUUUCACGACACGGAGAGAUUGUUAGUCAUCGGGUGAGUUAA